GCAAAAUAGAGAGCAUGCUGAACGCUGUAUCGUGAGUUGGUUCCGGAACUUGAGCGCCCAGGAGCGGAAAAGACUACAAAAAGUGGUAAACACUGCCCAGUCCAUCAUCGGCUCGGACCUCCCUACCAUCAAGGGGAUCUAUCGCAAUCACUGCCUCAAAAAAGCUGGACCCACACCAUCUUGGCCACACACUCAUCUCCCUGCUACCUUGAGAUAGAAGAUACAGGAGCCUGAAUACUGCAAUGUCCAGGUUCAGGAAUAGCUAUUUCCCCACAGCCAUCAGGCUAUUAAACUCAACUCAAACAAAACUCUGAACAUUAAUAGCCCAUUAUCUGUUAUAUUUAUUCAUAUGUGUAUAUAUUUAUAUAAUGGUAUAUGGACACACUGAUCUGUUCUGUAUUCAUGCCUACUAUAUUCUGUUGUGCUGAAGCAAAGCAAGAAUUACAUUGUCCUAUCUGAGACACAUGACAAUAAACUCUCUUGAAUCUUGAAUCUUGAUCCCUGAAAAUGAACUUUCAUACUUGCGGUUAGUUGUAGAUACAGUUUGGGGGCGGGUACAUUGGUGUUGUAUUUGUCCGGAAGUCUUUUCCUGUGUUACGCGCGGGCAAGUGAGCAAGGUGUGAGGGGGCCGGAGUUUUGUUUUCUUGUGGGGACUGGAAGCGGUCGCAGAGUCACUGUAGGAGAUUUUUUCAUUGGUAAUUCAGCAGCGGGUGAAGGCACUGCAGCCGCGGGUUCAAGUCCCAUCGCAGUCACAUCUUUCUGACAUUCAGAUUACAUCGAAUUCACUGAUACCCAAGUAUGCCGCGCCUGCGCACUGAGCGGGUUCUUCACGUAAUCCCUCAUCGUAACUCCUCAUAAAAUACAGAUCAAACUUCAAACUGGAUCAGUGUGAUCAUCUUUCCUCAACAUGGGUGGUCUUGGAUGGAGAAGCAGAUUAAAUGUCAUAUUUAUUCUCGGCAUCAUCUUCGCCCUGUCUUGUCCAAUUACCCAAGCAGCUAGAAUAUUGGUCGUGCCUGCUGAUGGAAGUCACUGGAUCAACAUGAAAAUUCUAAUGGAAGAGCUGCACCUUCGUGGCCACAACAUGACUGUGCUUUGUUACUCCGCUAACUGGUACAUCAAAGAGAGACCCGAUCUGUAUGAAACCAUCUUAGUUCAAGCACAAGAAAACAUUGAAGCACCUUCAAGGAAAGAAGCGAUGGAAACAUUUGUGCAAAUGUCACUGGACAGGUUACAGAAUGGUCACACACCAUGGGGCAACAUAAUGUUACAAAUUCAAAUGCUUAUGUUUCUGUACAAUUACCAUAGAAUUUAUCAAAAUUUCAACAUGGCGAUUUUUGAAAACAAAACCUUGUUGAAUCAAUUUGAAAAUGCAAACUUUGACCUAAUUCUCGCAGAUCCUCUAUUUGGUACUGGGCCAAUGCUUGCGUAUUAUUUAAAAGUGCCGCUGGUGUACAACAUACGAUGGCCGAUCAAUGGGGAAGCCCAUUUUCUCACUGCCCCGUCACCACUUUCCUACGUCCCACUUACUGGCUCACUUCUCACAGACAAAAUGGAUUUUCUCCAAAGAACAAAAAAUGUAAUUCACAGUCUCUAUGAACACUUGAUUUCUGAGUUUUUGAUGUAUCCACUUUAUAAUGAAAUCUGCCAUCGGUAUCUGGGACCAGACACGGACAUCAAGUCGAUUCUCCUCAGAGCUGAUGUGUGGCUGAUGAGGGUGGAUUUUGUGUUUGAAUUCCCAAGACCCACCAUGCCAAACAUUGUGUACAUCGGAGGCUUCCAGUGUAAACCAGCACGGCCUCUGGAAGCAGAGUUUGAGGAGUUUGCCCAAAGCUCAGGGAAACAUGGACUUGUUGUAAUGUCAUUGGGUUCCAUUGUCGACUCUUUACCAAUGGAGAUUGCAAUGAAAAUAGCAGAAGCUUUAUCUCAAAUCCCCCAGAAGGUUAUCUGGAGAUAUGAUGGUGAGACCCCUCCCAAUAUAGGGAAUAAUACACUGCUGGCAAAAUGGAUCCCUCAGAACGACCUGCUGGGUCACCCCAACACACGAGCCUUUGUUUCACACGGAGGCACCAAUGGGAUUUAUGAAGCCAUCUACCAUGGGGUGCCAGUGAUCGGCAUGCCUCUGUUUUUUGACCAGUUUGACAAUUUAAUUAGACUCGAAUCCCGAGGAGCUGCAAAAGUGAUCAACAUUGCAACCAUGCAUUCCACAGAUCUGUUGCAGGCACUCAACGAGGUGUUAAACGGCGCAUCUUAUGGGGACAACAUGAAGAGACUCUCCGCUCUCCAUCGGGACCAGCUAGAGUUGCCAAUGGAGAGAGCCGUUUUCUGGGUCGAGUACGUUGCCCGACACAAAGGAGCGGGGCAUUUGCGCUCAGAAUCCCACCGACUCCCCUGGUACGCUUACUAUUGUGUAGAUGUGAUGAUCUUUCUGUUGUCUGUGUUACUCCUGCUCACUGUGUUGGUGGUUGGAACACUGAAGAAACUUUGUCGCAUUGUUUGUAGGAAAAAGCAAAAAAUUCAUUAAGUUUUAUCCUUUAGAAUUGGGAGAAUGUCUUUUGAUUUUUUGCAAUUUACUUGUUUGUAACACUUUUUUAAUCCGUUUCUCCGACACCCCAUCUAACGAUUCUCAUGCAACCCUUUACAGCAUUUGUGAAUUUUAAUAAUGUAUAUUCAGAAAUUAUAACUGAUAUUUACUGAAUGUAGUUUCCACCGUCAACCAACUGUACAUGAAUUAAAUGUGACAAAAUUGACAUGUUUUUGAAAUAGUCUUCAAAUAAAACCUAGAGAACAGUU